AUGUCGGAAACAGGGUCGCCAACAAACUCGGACUCGAGAGCUGAGACAAUGCAACCCGAGUCAACGGUGCCUUCCUCGCCAGCGAGCGAUGUCACUAUUGGCAAGAAAACCGAGGAGGAGGCAACUGUAUACAAAAAACCAACUCAAGAAGAAGAUCCCGCCUCUGUUAUGGAUGAGACGGAUCCUGAUAACAGGCAGCUUAUGACCUUGUUGCGACAAAGUUCUUUAUUUGCCUCGAUCCUGUCGGAGAAAAUGAGAAAGCAACAGGAGGAGGCUCGCCGGCAAGCUGCAAAUGAGAAAUUGAAAGAGAAGCCUUCCCAGCCUCAAGCUAAACCCAUUUCUGUCACUCGUCGUCAGACCCGAAAGGGUAAUCAAGACACCUCCACCGAAGACACCACGACUGAGACUGAAGUCUCGAAGCCAAAACGUGGUCGCUCGAAGAGAAAUGCCGGGUCAGGAAAGGGCAUUGCCAACUAUUUCCGGAAGGCCAAUAUCGAAGUACCUGAGGACAACCCUUCAGUGCCUGAAGCAUUGCAGCAAGCGGCCCAGGAAUUCGAGGAAAAUCCCACUGUUCUUGGAGAACAAGACCUUGUCGCUACACAACAACCUAAGCUAGUCAGUGGUGGCAAAAUGCGCACAUAUCAGUUGGAAGGUCUUGAGUGGCUGAAGACUCUCUGGAUGAAUGGACUUUGCGGUAUCCUGGCCGAUGAAAUGGGUCUUGGAAAGACAGUUCAGGCAAUUUCCAUGAUUGCCUUCAUGAAAGAGAAUGGGGCUUCCGGGCCGUUUUUAAUUGCUGCACCUGUCAGCACGCUUAGCAACUGGAUUGAUGAGUUUGCAAAGUGGACUCCCGACAUCGAAACAAUACUUUACCACGGCACUCCCCAAGAACGCCAAAGAAUUCGGGACAAGUCCAUGACUCUGAAAAACCAAGGCAAUCCGGACUUCCCCGUUAUCUGUACAUCUUACGAGCUUUGUAUGAAUGACAGGAAAUUUCUUGCAACAUAUGGUUGGCGCUACAUCAUCGUCGAUGAGGGUCAUCGCUUGAAGAACAUGAACUGCAAGCUGAUCAAAGAAUUGUUGAAAUACACUUCGGCCAACCGGCUGCUCAUCACCGGCACGCCAUUGCAAAAUAAUAUCUCCGAGCUCUGGUCGUUACUGCACUUCUUAUUGCCUAAUGUUUUCACAGAUUUAGAUUGUUUCGAACGUUGGUUCAAUUUUGAUUCUGUUCUGGGUGAUGAUAACGAAGAAGACAUGAUUGAGAAACGCAAGCAGAAGUUGGUUUCUAGCAUGCACGCUAUUCUGAAACCCUUCCUGCUUCGUCGUGUCAAAACCGACGUUGAACAUUCUUUGCCCAAAAAGCGAGAAUACAUCGUCUACGCUCCUCUUAGCACUGAACAGAAGGAGCUUUAUCGUGAAAUUAUCAAUGGAACUGGCCGUCAACAUCUGGAAGCAAAAGCUCUUGAGCGUCUGGAGGCUAAGAGUCAGUCUAAAAAGCCAUCGCAGGGGAAGAAACGCCGUCGCGAAAGCAGCACGGAAAAUUCCCCUAACAAGGCUGCAAAGACAAGCAGCCCCAAAAGUCCUUCCAAAUACACCAAGUAUGGUCGCCGACGCUCUGUUCGAACAUACAAGGAUGUCAGCGAUAGCGAGUUCGAUGCGAAGCUGCGAGACAUGGAGCAAGGCAUUGAGGAUGAAGAAGAAGAAGCGGAACAAUUUGAAUCUUACAGUGAUGCUGAGCUGGAGGAAAUGGAGAGAACGAAGAACCUGCAGCUAGCCAAAAAAGAAAUUGGGCACAAGAAGAUGCAAAAUCCAGUCUUGCAGGCCCGCAUGGCCUGUAAUUCUCCCCACAACUUUUACUGGCCAUGGGAAGAAGCUGUUGAUGAGACUCUCGUUUCUGCUUCAGGAAAAAUGCAGCUUCUCGACCGCCUUGUCCCAUGCCUACUGAAGAAAGGACAUAAAAUUCUCAUUUUCUCACAGUUCAAGACCCAGCUUGACAUAAUCGAAGAGUGGGCAACUAAUCUACGAUCAUGGGAAUGUUGCAGAAUUGACGGCGCAAUCGCGCAAGUCGAUCGACAAGCCCAGAUAAAAGCCUUCAACACUAAUAAGAAUGUUAAGCUCUUCCUUUUGACUACUCGAGCUGGGGGCCAGGGUAUCAACCUCACAGCGGCAGACACCGUUAUUAUCUUUGACUCCGACUGGAAUCCUCAGCAGGAUUUGCAAGCCCAGGACCGCGCUCAUCGCAUUGGUCAAAAGAACCCAGUAAUCAUUUACCGACUUGCCACUAAGGGAACUGUUGAACAGACCUUGCUCGAAAAAGCGGAUGCCAAGCGUCGUCUUGAACGACUAGUCAUUCAGAAGGGCAAGUUCAAAUCUUUGCUAGACACCAAUGCUACUUCUCAGGACAUUGAUGAGCUCCGCAGAGUUCUCGGCGAGAACGAAUUUGAACGUUUUGAAGCUGGCGCCAACCCUGAGUCUAUCCUGUCUGACAAUGACCUUGAAAUUCUCACGAAUCGGAGUGAGGAAGCAUUUGUACGAGCUGAGAAGGGUCUUGACCAGAGUGGGCCGGCGUUUGUUGCUGUUGAAACAAAGCGCAAUGCAGGCGACACGCUUAUGGGGUGA